AUGGAUUAGCAUCAUAAAGAAAUUGUGUUAAUUUUUUUAUUUUAAUGAUUGCAUCAAAAUCCAUUAACAAUUAUUAAUAUCAUUUCAAAUGUAAAUGAAAAAAGAUUGCAUUUUUAAAAUAUUGCUAUAGAUAUAACUCUUUUCUUAAAGGAUUUAAGCCCAAAAAUAGUUACAGUUUCUUUGGCAUACAAAGAAUAAGCUUAUUUGUAUAUAAAUUAUCCAAAUAUAUCCUUAAAAUAAAAAAGGAUGAUGAAAAAUGGAAAAAAAAAUUUUUAAGCCAAAUUUGAUUUCUAAAAAUGUCAAAGUUAUAGAAUUGAUGUAUUUUUAGAUAAUAAUACUUCUAUUGGAUCUAUAAAUGUAAUAUAGUAUGGUGAAUUUUUAGUUUUAUUUAGGGGAAUUAUUAUAGAAAGGAUCAAAAUGAAAGAAACUAAAUAUUAUUAAAUUUUAAUAAAAUCAUAAUUGAUUUAGUAAGGAAAUAUAGUAUUCCAAAAUUUGCAGGAAUUAAUCUUUUGAAUACAGAUGGAUUAUUAAGUCGUUCAGAUCCAUUUUUUAAAUUUUAUUAAUGGGAUGAAUAAUGGAAUGAAAUUCAUUAGACAGAAUUUGUAGAUAAUAAUUUUAUCCAACUUGGAUACCAUUUUAAUAGAUAUGGGUUUAAUGAAUUUCGAAGAUGA